AUGUCGGCGGACAAUCCUCCAAAAGCCCUCCUCACCGAUGUCUUCGGCACGGUCGUCGACUGGCGUACCACGGUGACGGACCACCUAGCCGCCUCAGCCUCUGAAGCCCUCAAUUCCUCCACCCGCUCGAUUCCCAGCACUGUACGGACCGCUGCCUCGGACAUUUCCUGGCCUGCUGUCGCGCAGUUAUGGCGGGAAUCAUACCAUCAAUUCACCCGGAGCUACGACCCCGCCGCGGCCAAGGAGAAAGGAGAAUUCAAGACCGUGGACCAACACCACGUGGAGGCAUUGCAUAAGAUUCUUGUAGACCACAGCCUCGAGGGCCUUUGGUCCGAUGAAGAAAUUCAAAAGAUAAGUAUGAUCUGGCACUUUCUCGACCCGUGGCCCGACUCGUCCGCGGGCCUUGCGCUUUUGAACCAGAAGUUCCAGACAGCCACCCUGAGCAAUGGGAAUACAAGUCUGCUCACGGACUUGGCCAGACAUGGCUCGCUGCCUUAUACUCACAUCAUAUCCGCCGAGGACUUUGCUGCCUAUAAACCUCAUCCGAGUGUGUAUCUGGGCGCGGCGAAAAAGCUGGGUCUGCAACCAAACGAGUGCGCACUGGUCGCUGCUCACCUAGGAGAUCUCAAGGCCGCUCGCGAGUGUGGUUACCAGACAAUCUACAUUGACAGGCCUAAAGAGGAAUCGUGGUCAGGGGAGGAAACCGCCAAGGCGAAAGCGGACGGUUGGGUUGAUAUGUGGAUCGAACAGGAAGCCGGCGGUUUCCUCGAGAUUGCCAACAGAUUCGGACUUCGGUGA